GAGUAGAGAAAAACGGCCUCGAACACCACCCAAACCCGUCCAAAACCUCUCAACCAAACCCCUCCUUUUUCUCGCUAUCUCUCCCUCCUCUCUUCUCCGCGCUGCAAACGCAAACGCGAACGCGAACGCUCUCCUCUCUCUCCCACUCUCCCCCCGUCUCCAUGAGAGCCUAGGCGCCGCAGCCGCCAAAGUAGACAAGACAGCGAGAAAAAGGGGGGCGGCUGCUAAUCUCUCUCCGCCCUCCCACUCCUCCCGGGCGCCCGCGAUGCCGCCGUCGCGGUCGCUGUUCCUGCUGCUCAUGCUCGCGCUGGCCGCGGCGCGGGCGCAGCCGCCCCCCGCGCCGCCGGUGGCGCGGACGGCGGGGGUGCGGGCGGAGAUCGACGCGCUCCUCGCGUUCCGCCGCGGGGUGCGGGACCCCUACGGCGCCAUGUCCGGGUGGGACGCCGCGUCGCCCUCGGCGCCCUGCUCCUGGCGCGGCGUCGCGUGCGCGCCCGGCUCCGGCGCCUCCGCCGGCCGCGUCGUCGAGCUACAGCUCCCGCGGCUCCGCCUCUCGGGCCCCAUCUCCCCCGCGCUCGGCUCGCUGCCGUACCUCGAGCGGCUCAGCCUCCGCUCCAACGACCUCUCCGGCGCCAUCCCGGCGACGCUGGCACGCGUCACCUCGCUCCGCGCCGUCUUCCUCCAGUCCAACUCGCUCUCCGGCCCCAUCCCCCAGUCCUUCAUCGCCAACCUCACCAACCUCGAUACCUUCGACGUGUCCGGCAACCUCCUGUCCGGGCCCGUCCCCGCUUCAUUUCCUCCCACCUUGAAGUACCUCGACCUCUCCUCCAAUGCCUUCUCCGGCACCAUCCCGGCGAGCAUUAGCGCCUCGGCGCCGAGCCUCCAGUUCCUCAACCUAUCCUUCAACCGACUCCGGGGCACCGUGCCGGCGUCGCUGGGCGCCUUGCAGAACCUGCAUUACCUCUGGCUCGACGGGAACCUCCUCGAGGGGACCAUCCCUGCGCCGCUCGCCAACUGCUCGGCGCUGCUCCACCUGAGCCUGCAGGGGAACUCGCUCCGCGGCAUCCUGCCGUCCGCGGUCGCCGCCAUACCCACGCUGCAGAUUCUCUCGGUGUCGCGGAACCAGCUCACCGGCGCCAUCCCGGCCGCGGCGUUCGGCAGCCAGAGGAACUCGUCUCUGCGCAUCGUGCAGCUUGGCGGCAACCAGUUCUCCCAGGUGGACGUGCCGGGAGGGCUCGCCGCGGAUCUCCAGGUGGUGGACCUGGGUGGCAACAAGCUGGCUGGCGCGUUCCCGACCUGGCUCACCGGGGCGGGGGGACUGACGCUGCUCGACCUCUCCGGCAAUGCGUUCAUCGGCGAGUUGCCGCCGGCGGUCGGGCAGCUCACUGCACUGCUGGAGCUGCGCCUUGGUGGCAAUGCUUUCACUGGUGCCGUGCCUGCGGAGAUUGGCAGAUGCGGCGCACUCCAGGUGCUUGAUCUCGAGGACAACCACUUCUCCGGCGUGGUGCCAUCGGCUCUUGGCGGUCUCCCAAGGCUCAGAGAGGUCUAUCUCGGUGGGAACUCUUUCUCCGGCCAGAUUCCGACGAGCUUGGGGAAUCUGUCAUGGCUCGAGGCAUUGUCCAUACCGAGGAACAGACUCACUGGUAGCCUUUCUGGUGAGCUCUUCCAGCUGGGAAACCUGACGUUCUUGGACCUAUCUGAGAACAACCUCACCGGAGAGAUCCCUCCGGCCAUUGGUAAUCUAUCUGCUCUUCAGAGUUUGAAUUUGAGCCGCAAUGCCUUCUCUGGCCGCAUUCCAUCGACCAUUGGCAGCCUGCAGAACCUGCGAGUUCUUGACCUCUCUGGUCAGAAGAACCUCUCUGGCAAUGUCCCAGCAGAGCUUUUUGGCUUGCCGCAGCUGCAAUAUGUGUCGUUUGCCGACAACUCGUUCUCUGGGGAUGUUCCUGAAGGAUUCAGCAGUCUUUGGAGCCUGAGGCAUCUCAACCUCUCCGGCAAUUCUUUCACUGGGUCGAUCCCGGCAACAUAUGGGUACCUGCCAUCGCUUCAAGUGCUCUCAGCCUCGCACAACCGCAUUUCUGGGGAGCUUCCUGCCGAGCUCGCCAAUUGUUCCAACCUCACUGUGCUUGAAAUCAGUGGCAACCAGCUGACUGGCUCCAUCCCGAGUGACCUCUCACGCCUUGGUGAAUUGGAGGAGCUUGACCUCAGCUACAAUCAGCUUUCAGGCAAGAUACCACCAGAGAUUUCCAACUGCUCGUCGCUUGCCCUUCUCAAGCUUGAUGACAAUCGUAUUGGCGGUGACAUACCAGCCUCCCUUGCCAACCUCUCGAAGCUGCAGACACUUGACCUGUCAUCCAACAAUCUUACCGGCACCAUCCCUGCUUCAUUGGCUCAGAUUCCAGUCCUUGUAUCAUUCAAUGUGUCACACAAUGAGCUUACUGGUGAGAUACCAGUAAUGCUUGGCUCCCGCUUUGGCUCCCCUUCAGCAUAUGCUUCAAACUCAGAUUUGUGCGGUCCACCAUUGGAGAGCGAAUGUGGUGAGUACAGGCGACGCCGGAGGCGACAGAAGGUGCAGCGCCUUGCUCUGCUAAUUGGUGUAGUGGCUGCUGCAGUGCUGCUCCUUGCGCUGUUCUGCUGUUGCUGCGUGUUAAGCUUGCUGCGAUGGAGGCGCAGGUUCAUUGAGAGCCGUGAUGGUGUCAAGAAGAGGAGACGCAGCCCUGGACGUGGCAGCGGGUCGAGUGGCACAAGCACGGAGAAUGGUGUCAGCCAGCCGAAGUUGAUCAUGUUCAACUCAAGGAUCACCUAUGCUGACACGGUUGAGGCGACACGGCAGUUUGACGAGGAGAAUGUGCUCAGCCGAGGCCGUCAUGGUCUCGUGUUCAAGGCUUGUUACAGUGAUGGCACCGUGCUGGCCAUUUUGCGGCUUCCGUCCACCUCUGCCGAUGGUGCUGUGAUUAUUGAAGAGGGCUCAUUCAGAAAAGAGGCAGAGUCUCUUGGCAAGGUGAAGCACAGGAACCUCACUGUGCUCCGUGGCUACUACGCCGGGCCGCCGCCGGAUGUUCGUCUGCUGGUCUAUGACUACAUGCCCAACGGCAACCUCGCCACAUUGCUCCAGGAAGCAUCUCACCAAGAUGGCCACAUCCUCAACUGGCCGAUGAGGCACCUAAUUGCGCUCGGGGUCUCCCGCGGCCUCGCGUUCCUGCACCAGUCCGGCGUCGUGCACGGCGACGUCAAGCCACAGAACAUCCUAUUCGACGCCGACUUCGAGCCGCACCUGUCUGACUUUGGCCUCGAGCCCAUGGUGGUGACCGCGGGCGCUGCUGCAGCAGCCGCCGCCGCAUCGACAUCAGCCGCGACGCCAGUGGGCUCGCUCGGCUACGUCGCCCCCGACGCGGCUGCCGCCGGGCAGGCCACGAGGGAAGGCGAUGUGUACAGCUUCGGCAUCGUCUUACUGGAGCUCCUCACCGGGCGGCGUCCCGGCAUGUUCGCCGGGGAGGAGGAGGACAUCGUGAAGUGGGUGAAGCGUCAGCUGCAGCGCGGCGCGGUGGCAGAGCUGCUGGAGCCGGGCCUGCUGGAGCUGGACCCGGAGUCCUCCGAGUGGGAGGAGUUCCUGCUGGGCAUCAAGGUCGGGCUGCUCUGCACCGCGCAGGACCCGCUGGACCGCCCGGCCAUGGGCGACGUGGUGUUCAUGCUGGAGGGCUGCCGCGUCGGCCCGGACAUCCCGUCCUCCGCCGACCCCACCUCCCAGCCGUCGCCGGCGUAGCAGCUCCCCGGCGCCCCUCCGCCGGCCUCGCCACCUGUCAGAUUCAAUUCAGUAGCUUGCUCCAUUUUUUUUCUCGCUGAUUAAUUUCCUUCAUUAGUUCAGAUUAGUGCUAGUCUCAGCUAGGCCGCCGGCGCCGGCGUGCUCUCGUCGUUCGUCGAUGGUCAAACUGACCCCUGGGGCCGGGUACCGUUUCCCGCCAAGCAAGAAAGGAAGGAGGCCGUGGCCCCGCCCAUGGCGGAAGUAGCCGUUGGGCGUCCUAAUCUCGUGGUUAGUGGAGGCGUCAGCACCGGGGGCGGGGAGCAAGGACCCAUGUGGCGCACUGGUGCUCGGCACGGCCUGAUGCCUGAUGCUCCUGCCACGCCAUGCAUGUCGUGUGGUGCUGCGCAUGUGGGGGUUCCCUGCCGCGCAUCGGCAACGGCUACUAAUGCAGAGGACAUGGCUGUCGCCUCUCCUGGCCAUCGAUCCCGGCCGAUCUGUACCACGACCCUUGUACUCUCUCUAGCGAUUGAUUUCGUGUAGGCCUGCUUGGCUUCCUGGGAUCUUGUCUUUAAUCUCGUUUCACCAAGAGCAGCAACAAGAAAUCCUUUUGUGCCAUGUGCUGUACAUUUGUCUGUAGUAUUUUGUUAUCCCCAUUGGUUCAGUGGAUUGAUGGAUGGAUGAUGCUCAUGACCGUUAGCUUGUUCA